UUGUCAACCAAAUUGAGCCAAGUGGCUAAUAUUUCGAUAAUUGCAAAGCUACAAUGGCCCUCGGAGACACCUAACGUUUCUCCCUCCCCACCCCCCGGUGCAUUGCGCUGAACAUUGUUCGGAAAGAAGUAAGGUAAGGCUGGAGUUCGGAAAAUUGAACAAUGAGUUGUAAAUGGAAGUGGACUUGUCAUUGGGUAUUAGGGCUUUUGUUAUUUCUUGCACCAGUCUCAAAAUACAUGACGUCACGUCAUGAUCGACAGUAGAUGAAGUACGCAUUAUAGGUCACAAUAACUUUAAACAAGCAGUCCAAAAGGGGGUUCUGGGUCAUAAACUGAGUGUCACUAUAAGACUGUCGAAUUUAAUUGAGCAACACCCCACCCCCCUAAACUGGAUUCUAGAAGCCCCGAGGGUCGCGUGAAAGAAGCGAAGGAAUUUCGGACAAAUGGCUGCCGCACAAUCGUACCCCUCAUGUAUUCCGAUAAACAUAAAUGAUCUCCUCGCUCUUCAGGGAGUUGAGUCACAACGAGUAGAGUUCAAAAAAGCGUGGCACAACAAUCCACGAAUUAAAGGCGGUCCAUACUGGCAAAUUAUCCACACCAUUUCCGCCCUCGCUAACGACUAUUACAAUGUUAACGGCGGAUACAUCAUCAUCGGAGUAGAAGAAAAGGAAAACUGGGAUUCACCAAAUAACCGAGACGCUGUUCCAUAUGGUAUUCAAGGGAACCUGGAAAAUAUACAGAAAGAGAUAGCGGGGACCUGCCGCGGUAAUAUUAAGCCACCGCAUGUUCCCAGACUACAACCUGAAGUCGUCGACUCCGAGGAAGGGAGAAAGGAAGUUCUCGUGAUCUGGGUCAAGCCCUCAGAAGCCAGACCGCAUAUGUGCAGAGAAAGCGACAAAGGAGAAAUGAAAUAUUACAUUAGACAGGCCGCAGAAACCAAGGUAGCUCAAGACCAGGAAAUAAAGCGACUGUGUCAAGAGAAUAGUACUCCAUUUGAUGACAGAACGGCGAGUGACAGCGGAACCGGUCGUAUCCUGUCUGAAGAAGAUAUAGACAAAGGCCUUGUGCUGAAGUACUUGAAGGAUACCGACAGUAAACUGGCCCGUCAUACGGGUGAACCAAUAACUAUUUACCAAAAAAUGGAUUUGGUAAAGAGUACAUCAGAUAAGGUAGUCAAAAAGCAGUUGGUUCCAGUUUUUGCACCACUAAAUGUGGCCCUACUUUUUUUAAUCCUGAACCUCAUAAAUUUUUCAAAGGGGCAAGGGCAGAAAUUGCAAUAUUCUCCCAUGACAAUUACCUGGAAGAGCGAAAAAAAAUGACUGGCCCAAUAGACCAACAGAUUGAAGGGUGUUUGUCCUUUAUCCUGGAGAAACCAAAAAAAGGCGUUGCGUGCCAUGCAUUUUCUGCCUGUCCCGACCGAGCUCUUCGUGAAGCAGUCGUGAAUGCGUUUUAUCACAGAAGCUAUGAAGUCUCCUACCCCGAUCCAGUCAAAAUUCACGUCAAACCAGAAUUCAUCGACAUCAUCAGCUACCCUGGUCCAGAUCCAACUCUGAAGCCCGAAGACUUCUCAGAAAAUAAAGUACCACCUGUACAGCACAGGAACAGGAGGAUAGCAGAUUUUUUGAAAUCAUUGAAACUCGCCGAAGGAAUGUAUACUGGUGUCGG